AUGUCCGACGGUCUCUUCAACCGCGCCGAAGAGGAGCAGGCCACAGAGAACGUGGCCAAGAAGACCCGGCGCGUGAAGCUCUUCCCGUGGGAUUCCGUCGCGGCACAGAUGUUGGAACCGUUCGGAGAGUCAUCUUUCGACAGCAUGAGUUUGGAGUCGCUCUGGGCCGCUGCCGCUAAGGGCAACAAGAGCGCGCAGUAUCACAGCCAUCUAUGCGCGUCCCAAAGCGAAGACCCGUGGCACGUUGGUGCAGGGAUCUCGCUGACUGCAGCGGCCCUAUUGGCCGCCAUCAAGCAUUUCCACAGCGACGAUAUGAAGCACCUCCUGAAGCAAGAAUUCUACCAGAAGAUCGAGCAAGACGUGCAAAAACUGGAACCCCUUCUCAAGGUCUUGAACUUAGGCAAAGGCAGUCAGACCCAGCGGGAUACCGGAUCAUUCCGAGCUGUCAAGAAACAGAAGACCGGACCUACAGAGGCGAGCGGAGUCAGUGCCACGCCGGAGCAGAUGGCGGCAGCCGCACAAGGAUUCCACGCAUGGCUGAAGCAAGAGAAAUCGGCCUUCCGCAGCUACCUCUUCGUGAUGAGCGGUUCCAAUGCCUACUAUACCGCCCACAUCGCUGAGACGGUGGCCCGAGCUGGCGUAGCUCACAAGCCGAUGUCCGUGGACGACUUUCAACAAGCCAUGCAGCUGAUACGUUUCCCCAGAGAACGUCCAAUGGCGGCCAUCGUUGGCUUCCGGAAUCUGGGACACUCCUGCUUCGUCAACGCGGAGAUGCAGGCAUUGAUCGCAGUGCAGCCCUUGACCGAAGCCCUCAACGAUGGCAGGAAUACCGCCGAAAAAGCGAUUCAACAGCUGCUCGCUCGCAUCGCCGGCAGUCCGCAGCCCACGGUGCCAGUCGAGCUGACCAACACCUACUACCGGGGGCGCCAGGAGGAUCUAGUCGAGUUCCUCGUGAAGCUGCUCGAGGAAUGCCCCACAUGUGAUGAGGUGUUGUGUGGCACGGAACAACCGACACUGCAGUGUCAGCACUGCACCUACAGUCGCCCAUUGCGCGCGGAAAACUUCCAUCACAUGCAGCUGCCAAUGAUGUCGUCGGUUCAGGCGGCCUUGGAUGGCUAUCUCGAGCGCAGCACAAUCAUGGCCGACUUUAGAGACUGGUUUUGUCUGUCGUCGGCAUGCCUGACUGCCGGUAUCGCCGAGGACUAUCCGCUGCACAAGUCUCACAUGGCAAAUUGGCCCCGUGUCCUCAUGCUGAGCCUUAAGCGUUGGAACGGACCAGACGAAGUCAUCGGCGACCGGAUCUUCUGCAACAGAACGUUGAAGGCCGCCGACCGCGUGUACGACCUCUGUUCCCUUGCGACGCACAUCGGCGAUCGCCCGGAGAGUGGUCACUACAUAGCCUAUCGACGCCAAGGCUCCUGCAUGAUGAAGAUCGACGACCACCAUGUCUCCAGGCUGGCUCCGUGCUACGAGGAUUACAUUGUCACUCAGCCGUUAGAGAAAAUCUACGUACUCUUCUAUGUCAUGAGAGAGACGGCAGAGCAGGACUCCAUCCAGGUCAGGCCCGCCAAGUUUCAGAAGCUCUCGGCCGCCACGAUCAUCGACCUGGAGGGCAACAACGACGACAACAAGCAGACGACGGCAUCAACCAGCGACUCGACCAAGCAAAACGACACCGACAAGACAAAGCAGACCACGUGUUCAACCGAGACGAAGAAUGCGAACAUAUUGGACGACAGUGACUCAGACGUCAUACCGCAGGAAGACACUUCGAUGGAGAACGUCCAAGAAACACACCCCGCGGCGCCGGGGAACUCCGCAGAUCCAGCAGACGACCUUGAGGACAGCAACAACGGACAAGCAAAUGACAGUCAGAUGUCACAGAUCUCAAAGACGCGACAACCGGAAGCUCUUCAAAACGAUUCCGACUUCGACAACUUCUUUGCCGUUGCCUUUGGAGUGCCUGCGCAACGUUGUCAGAAUACAGCAACCGACAGCUUCGAAGAUCAGUGGUUGCUCAAGAGCUCCUGGCAAUUCUGUCCCAAUUGCGGUCGCAAACGCGCUCGUACAGACGUGGACCCGACACCACUGCGAAAGGCGCGUGCCUGCAAGCCGUAUUGCGACGCCGAUGCUGUUGAGCUCUUGCACCCUCCUGGCGCAGAUGCCGUUCACAAGAAGAAGUCCAAGUUGUUCUGCUACGUCACCCCGCUCGCCGAACACUGGGAAUCUCUAGUUUUGGAACUUCAGGCCACAGGACUGCCACUCACGGCGGGAUUGACAAUGAAGGAAUUGACUGCCGAACUACUUUUGUCUUCUCCCGGUGUCGAAAUUGCUACGCGGCCGUGGCUGUAUCCCUUGGCAUCCUACGCUGACACGGACCUGCAGCAUCGCCUGAAGAAGCUGGGCUGGAUGGCCGACAACAGCACGCCAUCCAUUCGGACCGGUUUCAUGCGAAAGCUCUUGAGCCGCUGCCUUGACUACUCCCGCGACUUUCCCUUGCAUUGCCUUCUCUACGACACAUGCCUAGCGAAAUCCAUUACCUCGAUCAUCAACGUGGCCAAUCAGAAAAACAUCGCUCCAGAGCAUGCCGCCCACGAGCAGGAUACCUUCGAAGGCUAUUGGCUGCUGCAGAUACGCAAGCUGGAGGACAUCUGCAGGAGAGAAUACGAAUCCAGCAGAGACAUGAAUCGGGCCUUGCCAAACGUUUUCUUCACGGUGGCUCCCGCGGAGUGGCGCUAUGUCUUGCCGAUGGAGUUGACGUUUGAGGAAUCUCUCAGCAAUCAACAAGCUAUGAUGACUCUACACCUCUAUCACAGCCUACAUGCUCUACUGGAGGAGCAUAUUUUCGAGAACGGCAAGAGUCUGGCGGAGAUCGGCAUCAGCACAGUACGCCAUUGGAGCAUUCGAUUUGAGUUCCAAUCGCGUGGCACACUGCAUGUCCACGCCCUCCUCUGGGCCGACCUGCUCCCGGGCUGGGCAGUCGACGACAUUGCUGGCCGAACGGGACACUCUCGGAGUAACUUCCUAGACUUGCUGGAGAGAUUGUUCAAGUCUCGAGCCGACGUUCAAUGCGGCGACGGCAGCCAUUGCCUUCUCCGCUACGUGGCCGGCUACGUGGCCAAGGCCUCGGACGCCCUUCAGUUCAAUCUCAAGCAACUCGAAGGCGAGUCGACUUGGCGCCAGGCCUACAGACUGCUCACCAAGAAAUCGCCCACAGAGCAAGAGAUCAUUAUGGAGUUUGCGGGUUUGUCGAUGGUUAAGCACAGUUUCAGCGGCCACGACGUCCAUGCCCCAAUCCCUGGCAGUGCUGCCAGAAACUCUUCUCGGCAUGCAUACAACGCAUACCAGUGUUACCUCAAGAAGUCCGAAGAUGUGUUUGGAUGCUCCCGCAGCUAUUCAUUUGUGCAAUGGCUCCGAAAAUUCCGCGUCACCGGCAACUCUCUGGAAGACAUGACCCUGCAUCUUCGCAACCAACGCGGACCCAAAGCAAACAAGCCGUGCAGCGUCGCAGUCGCCUUUCCAUUCGAGCUCUUAGACAUCUACGUUGGCGCCUGGGCCGCCACAUGCCUGCCCGGUAUGCUUGAGGAAAGACUUUUGCCGAAAGUGCCGGACAACUUGAAGUUAGACGGCUUCGAGGUCGAGCUCCGCCGACGCCGAUCCUUCGAAUGCCCUGCUCACUGUGAGCACGUGAGGGCCGUCCUGUCGCUCGACGAUUUCCAGUUGCCCGGCGCAGACCCCGACGUCUACAGUCCAGACCUCAGCAAGUUCUUCGAUCUCGUCGUGCCGGAGCUCACCCUGCGUGGUCUGAAUACCGAUCGCAUCGCAACGUUCAAGGCAAAGAUCGAGGCGACGAACAUGCUCUUAUUGGCCAUUCACCGCGGCCUCGAAGACCCCAGCAAUUGGUCUUCGCACAGGCUUCCAGCUUUUCCUCGGCCGGUCUGGUCGCCCGAGCAACAACAAGUCCUGAAGUGGGUGAGCGACGGACUCAGGAUCAGCGACGCGGCAGCCAUGGCAACAUCUCCGCGCAUUUUGCAAAUCUCCGGAUCCCCAGGCACCGGAAAAACAGAAGUAGUGAUCGGAGCUGCACGCAUGGCUUUGGACAGUGGCUGCGCCGUUCUCAUCGGCGGCCCCAUCGGCCUCUUGGUGGCGAUGUACAAACUCCGACUGCCGGCAUCAGAGCUCCUGACCAUGGAGACAAUCCACUCAGCUUUCAAGUUGACGCGCGAGGCUGACGAAGCCUACAUCCCUCCCGGCAGGCUUCGCAGAUACGAUGUUAUCAUCCUCGACGAGGUGUCCCAGAUCGAUGCCAGGGCUUGGAGACAGCUUCAAACCGCCUUUCGCGAGCUGCAUCCCGGUCCACUCAUUCUCUUUGUCGGUGACUUCCAGCAACUGCAACCUAUCUCAGGUGGCCCUGUCCUCCAGCAAGAUCUACAACACGAGGAUCUUCAAGACUUCUUCGCAAACAGAAUUUGGCCAUCGGAUCAUGUUGCAGCGACAUCCAAGGCUAUGCAGUUCGAGAGAGACACCGGCAAACGCUUCAUGAUCCUGACGGUGACCAACAAGGAGGCCGAACGCUUCAACCAAGCCCGUCUACGUCUCCAGUUCCCAUCGGCCGUGCAGCGUCUCGCGAACGGUGGCGGUCUACCAGCCGAUCAGGGCCACGUCGUCAUCGAGACAGGAAUGCGCAUCCGUCUCACCCACAACGUCAACAAAGAGGAGGGCUUUGUCAAUGGCAACACUGGCACGGUCCGGCUCGUCUUGCGCCAUGACGUUUAUGUCAUGGAAUCGCCACAUCAUGCCUCCAUUCUGGUGUAUCCUAUCACGGUCAAAGGGCGAAGGUACCUGCCCGAGGAAGAGGAUCGGGACGCGGACACCAGCAGCCAGGAACAAGAGCAAGACUCGACCUCGCCUGACGAGCCAGCGGUCGACGACUUCGCUUCAGAU